GCGCAGUGCGCUUGUCGAUUUAAGUGAAUUCAGGUGGAGGUUAGCGUCGCAUCUGCGUUCGUCACGAAAUCUUUUAGUUCGAUACUCCUUCCCGUAGUUUCUGUCACUUUUGCAAAGGAACAGUAAUAGCAGACGGAAAAUCACGAAGAUGGGCGAGAAAACUGAACACAUCGUCAUGACGCCGAAAUGCAAGACAGCGAACUCCACGACGUUGAUAAUUGAGAGACAGGCCCUGGAGCCGCCAGCGGAAAACGGGAACGAGAACAAUGUCCACAUCGCUGGUGGGGAUCACAAGGGGAUUGUUAUCAACAAACAGGUUGUGGCGGUGACAAAUGGCGAGGUGCAUCCUGCCCAACUGUGCUUGCAAUUUAGGGUAUUUCUCGUAAGCGCACAAACUGGAAAGCACACACAAGAACAGAGAACUCUCCAAUUUUGGUUUGUCGACACGCUCGCCGAGGCGGAACAGCCAAGCGUUGCGCAAGAAUUUUUCCGAGAACUCGUCACGCCGCAGGAGUUUCCUAGAGAUUAUGUGGGAUUUAUUAAAAAAAUAAUGAAAUUGAUGCAACAUAAAUAUCCCAGCAUUAAAAAACUAGAGGUGGAAUUGAGACAAUUGGAAGAGCCCAUUACUCUUCCAAGCAGGCCAUUAUCUACAGAUGAAAUAGUCAUGGGUCAAGUGAUUGAGCUGACAGUAGAAAAAGUUCUGGAGCUUAUCGAGUCUGCCUAUCCGAAUCCUGUUACCGUGGUUGACAUUGCGAAGGAACAUGGAUGGGAGCUAUCAGCUGUGGAUGCUAAAUUAAAAGAGCUUCAAGAGAAAGGGCUUGUUAAAGCAAUAGAUCAUGGGGCUUUCACACGUGUUGUUCAUGAGGAUACUCAAGUCCAAGUAGUAAAGUCGAUGCCAACGAUGGCAAGCGCGAAACAACCCACUAUUGCUAUCAUUACAGCUCAAUAUUGUGAAAAACUUGCUGUGGAUUCAUUGAUUGAGAACAAGGAAACCUUUGUUCGCUACACCACUGUUGGUACCGCAAGUUCGUCAGAUGCAAUAGACGGAAUUCCGCGGGUGAUAUGCCGUUUUGGAGAAUCAAAUGUAUAUACUUUGGGCAAUAUCGGUACGCAUAGGAUUGUGUGCACUAAACUACCAACUGUGGGACAUACCAGAGAAGCAAUGACCGCAGCUGGCAAUACCACUACUAGAUUGUUGGGUACUUUUCAAAAAGUGGAUUUUGUUUUUCUUGUCGGAGUUGGUGGUGGUGUUCCUCACUAUACAGAUUACAAUAAACACGUGCGAUUGGGCGAUGUGGUGAUAUCGCAUCCAACGCCGCUCAAUAAGAAAUAUGCGUACGUUUAUUGCGAAAGUGCUAAGAUGAAUGAAAGCGAGAACUAUCAUUUUGAGACCAAGGAAUAUUGCCCUCCAAAUCUUGGUCUUCAAGAAAUCGCGGCAACUCUGAAGAAGCAGGCUGAAAAUGAGACGUUUCCGCCAUGGCAAAUGUACAUGAAGGAAGGUUUGCAGAAUUUGGUCAAUCAAUCAGAACAUGAUUUUAACGCGCCACCACCAGAAUCUGAUAAAUUAUAUAUGGCUAUUGGAGAAAGGGAUGUUAUCGAAGUAUCUCAUCCAAUCGCUCCUCAAGAUUCUAUAAAUAAAAGAACUGAUAGAUGCUCCCGCAUUCAUCUGGCACCAGUAGCUUCUGGCCGACAAGUCGCACGAGACGAUCAACUUAGACAAAAGUUUGCGAGCCGAUUCGGUGCGCUUGCAUUUGAUGCAGAGAUGGAUGCUGUCGUAGAGAGUAUUUUGGGUAAUUGUCGCGAGAAUUUCAUUGUAAUCCGCGGAAUUGCCGAUUACAAAGACGGCACUCGAAUCAAAGAAUGGCAGCCAUACGCGGCAUUAGCGGCAGCCAGCGUAAUGAAAGCUAUAAUAUGUGCUAUGGAUCCACCUAUUAAUGACUAAUAUCACUUCUCGUCUAGUUUUUCUAACUUUAUUUUACAUAGCGUAACAAUGCAACGCGCAUAACUUUUCGUAGGGCAAAGGAUGAAAUCUAAAAUCAAAAUAGCACAUAUUACAUAAAGUGCACAAAAAUAAUUAAGUAACUGGCUUAUUCAAUGAAGUUCCUUAUUAAAUUAAUAUUUAAAAAUAAACAAAUAA